AUGAGGCCUCUGCCGAGCCGGGGGAGGAAGACCCGAGGCAUCUCCCUGGGACUCUUCGCCCUGUGCGUGGCCGCAGCCCGCUGUCUGCAGAGUCAGGGCGUGUCACUGUACAUCCCGCAGUCCACCAUCAAUGCCACCGUGGAAGAAGACAUCCUGCUCUCGGUUGAGUAUUCCUGCCUCGGGGUGCCCACCAUCGAAUGGACAUAUACGUCCAACUGGGGAGUGCAGAAGAUCGUGGAGUGGACACCAGGGGCUCAGGCCAACAUCUCGCAGAGCCACAGGGACAGAGUCUGCACCUUCGACAAUGGCUCCCUCCAGCUCUUCAGCGUGGGCGUGAGGGACUCCGGCUACUACGUCAUCACCGUCACGGAGCGCCUGGGGAGCAGUCAGUUUGGCACCAUCGUGCUGCACGUGUCUGAGAUCCUGUAUGAAGACCUGCACUUUGUCGCUGUCUUCCUUGCUUUUCUCGCUGCUGUGGCCGCAGUGUUAAUCAGCCUCAUGUGGGUUUGUAAUAAGUGUGCGUACAAAUUCCAGAGGAAAAGAAGACACAAACUCAAAGAAAGCACAACUGUGGAGAUUGAGCUGCAGGAUGUUGAGUGUUAG